GCCUCUCUUCCCCACUUCUCCUCCUCUAGAAGGUAAGUGCACAGUAGGCUUUGUACACCAUGUUUUCCAACGGCCCAGAGUAUGAGGCGCGUCUACGGAAGCCGUUCUCGCCACCCACAUUCACGCUCAAACAAAUUCAUGACGCCGUCCCCAAGGAUCUCCUCAAACGCUCUGACAAGAAGGCAGCGUUCUAUGUCCUUCGCGACAUCACCCUUGCGACCACGUUCUUCGCACUGGCCACGAAGAUCGGCGCUGCGACCAGCUUCAUUUUCCCCGACGGAGGUUGGAGGGCAUCUUUAUUGAAGGCGGGGCUGUGGGGAACCUAUUGGUGGUUCCAAGGUCUGGUCGGCGGUGGUAUAUUCUGUCUCGGCCAUGAUGCGGGUCACGGCACGCUCUUUGCCUCUUCGGUCUUGAAUAACAUUGUUGGCUUUGUUUUGCAUUCGUUCCUCCUGAUCCCAUACUACGCUUGGCGGCAAACCCAUCAUGCUCACCAUAAAGCAACCGGCUGGAUCGAGCGUGACGAGAACUACAUCCCUCACUAUCGCAAGGAUUACAACCUCCCGCCUCGCGAGAAGGCCAAGAAAGCCGAUUAUGCUGAAGUCUUCGAAGAGACCCCCAUCUGGACGCUCGGGCGAGUGCUGAUCAUGCAGGGCCUGGGAUGGUGGCUCUACUUGUCUCAGAACACUCUGGGCUCUAAGAUGUAUCCUCCUGGCACGAACCACUUCGACCCGAACUCCCCACUGUUCAAGCCCAAUCAACGCAACUCCAUCAUCAUGUCGGAUAUCGGUAUCACUGCUAUGGGCGCUGUCCUCUCUUAUGUUGCGCGCCACGUUGGGUGGAUGGCAAUUGCCAAGUACUAUUUCAUUCCCUACAUGCUGACGAACCAUUGGAUUGUGAUGUUUACCUAUCUUCACCACUCUGAUCCAACGAUCCCUCAUUACUUCGGCAACGAAUGGACUUUCCUGCGCGGAGCUGCGUCAACCGUUGACCGACCCCUCAUGGGCUGGAUGGGGCGCUUCUUCCUGCAUAACAUUUCGCAUGACCAUGUCGCGCACCACUUCUUCGUUGGCGCGCCCUUCUACAACGGUCCUGAGAUUACUCGUCGCAUUCGUGGUGUCCUCAAGGACGAAUACAACUACGAUUCGACUAACACCUUCUACGCCCUCUGGCGCUCCUUCACGCAGUGCCUCUUCAUCGAGGAAGACGGCGGCAUUGUGUUCUACCAGAACAAGUGGGGUGAGACCACCCGAGAACUCGCCCCUGGUGCUCUUGGGCAGCUGGCUGCGCAGAAGGCCCAAGCGCAGAACGACGGGCAGGAGCUGGUUGAAGUCGUUCACUAAAUGUUCAUGUCCGCGGUUACCUCCAGUGUAGGCCUGAUUUUACGGCUCAUAGAUGUAGAUAGGAUAGCAUUGUAUGCAGUAGGAAAUGUGCAUGUUGUGUUUUACCAGUGA